AUGAGGGCUGCGAGUGAUACGCCUUGGGAAACGCCGUCGAGUUCGCGGCCUUCGUCGCCGCGUAAUGGGGGUGUUCCGAAUCCGUUUGGGACGGGUGAGCAGCAGGUCCAGCCGCAGAGGACACAGGCUACGACGCUCGAUAUCCCGGGGUUGACGAAGAGUAAGGUUAGUCCGUACGGACAUAUUUCGGACCGCGAUGUUGGGAGUAAGUUGGUGAUUGUCAUGGUUGGACUACCUGCACGGGGAAAGAGUUAUAUCGUGAAGAAGUUGGCGAGGUACAUGAACUGGCUUCAGCACGAUACGCGGAUAUUCAACGUUGGUAAUCGUCGGCGUAUUAAUCGUGACGGGCCCACGGACGAUAAGGACGUUCCUCCGAGUCCGGGGAUUAAGCCGCAGGAGAAGAAGAAGACGGAGCACGAUGCCCAGUUCUUUGAUCCGCAGAAUGCUAGUGCGAGAGCGUUGAGGGAGCAGUUGGCGAUGGACACGUUGGAGGAGUUGAUUCAUUGGGUUGUGUAUGAGGGUGGUACGGUUGGUAUCCUUGAUGCUACGAACUCUACUCGCGAGCGUCGUCAGAUUAUCUUGGACCGCAUUCACCAGGUGUCUGAUCUCAAGGCGUUGUUCAUUGAGAGUAUCUGUACCGAUCGUAACGUUCUUGAGGCAAACAUGAAGCUCAAGUUGUCUGGACCGGACUACAAGGAUCGCGAUCCUGUCGCUGCGCUGGAUGAUUUUCGCAAGCGAGUGAUCAUGUACGAACGCGCAUACGAGACCAUCGGCGACUACGAAGAAGAAGUUCUUAAUCUCCAGUACUGCAAAAUGAUCAACGUCGGCAAGAAGCUCGUCGCACAUAACAUCCAGGGAUUCUUGGCGAGCCAAGCUAUCGCCUACCUCAUGAACUUCAACCUUGCCGCACGACAGAUCUGGAUUACGAGACAUGGUGAAAGUGAGGACAACGUCGCCGGCAAGAUCGGUGGAAAUGCAAAGCUGACGGCAAGAGGACACAAGUACGCUACUGCCCUCGCCAAGUUCAUCGACCACAUGAGGUUGAAGUUUAGGGAGCAGCAGUUGGAGGAUUGGGCCAAGGACAAGGAGAAGAGGAUUUCUGGAUUACAGCCUGGUGUGGAAAGUCCCAUACGCGAUGAAGCGCCACCGAAGGAGUUGGCGUACAGUGUCUGGACAUCGUACCUCAACCGUUCGAUCCAGACUGGAGAGCACUUUGAUGACAGUAUCUUUGCGAUCAAGUCCAUUAGGUUGCUGGAUGAGAUAAAUGCGGGUCAGUGUGAGGGUAUGACCUACGACGCCAUUAAGGAGCAGUAUCCACACGAAUUCGAAGCAAGACGGCGCGAUAAGUUGCAUUACCGUUACCCUGGUCCUGGAGGAGAGAGUUAUUUGGAUGUGAUUCAUAGGUUGAAUAACGUCAUUGUGGAGAUUGAGAGGAUGAGGGAUCAUGUGUGUCUGAUUGGACACAGGGUCAUUGUGAGGAUUUUGUUGGCGUACUUCUUGAAUCUGGAGCAAUCGAAAAUAAUCGACCUUGAGGUUCCUUUGGAGACCUUGUAUGUCCUCGAGCCCAAGCCGUACGCGGUUGUGAGCAGGAAGUUUGUCUACAAUAACCAGACGGAUUGGUUCGAUGAAGUGGAGAUCAAGCCGGGUGAGGUGUGA